AUGGCCAAAUGGUUCAAGGCUCAGCCAGAAUGGCUCAAGAGGCCUGCCAUCUAUGUGGAGAGAAAAGAGGACAGCGCUGUCCUGAGGCAGCUGUUGGACUGUACUGGGCAGACCCCCUCCGGAUUUUUUUAUUUCUUGACGGGUCCGCCUGGCGGUGGCAAGACAACGCUGGCCCAGAGAGUGAUCCAUGAGUUGAGGGAGGGGGUCCUCUAUGUGGAGGCUCCCAGCGACGCGGGCCAGUUUGGCCAGCAACUGGCGAGCACCCUGCAGCUGGUCGAGCAGCUGCCAAACCCGCUCUUUCUCAUCUAUGACUACGUCCUCAACAUAGCCGGCGGCCCCGAGCAGGAGCGGACAUCAAAGCUGAGCUCCUGUCUGAGUGCGCUGGAGACAGCUGCACGCGCAUUCCGGGCUGCGCGGCGGCGGCCGGCCGUGUUAGUAAUAGACAAUGCGGAGCGGCUGGCGGCGAAAGAGUCGGUCAUGCGCGACAUGCUGUUCGCCGCGCAGCAGUGGGCCGACCGGGGCCUCGUCAGAGUUGUCUUCGUGUCCAGCGACGACGCUCUCAUCACACGCCUGCUAGGCCAGUCGCGAUGCAGCAAGGCGGCGUCUGUGGAGAUGGGUGACCUGAGUGAGGAGCAGGCGCUGCAGUAUCUUGAGAAGCGCGGCGUGGCGGCCAAGGCUGCAGCACAGGUGGUGGAUGUCACCGGAGGCCGCCUGCUGCAGCUGAUGUCAGCCGUUGAAGUGCUGGAACACGGCGGCACGCCUGAAGACGUGAGGCGGCUUGCGCUCGUGGCUGCGGAGGCAGAGUUCCAGAAGGUGGGGCUAUUAGAUGACACACCGCAGAGUGCUGCCGGGCUGAGAGUCGUUCAGGCUCUGUUGCAAGCGGACAACAUUGCCUCUGACCAGUGGAAUCGCCUAGUCCCAUCCCCACAUGAUAAGGAGGAGCUUCUGCGGGACAAUGUGUUUGCCCGGCGGCACAGAGACUGUAAAAUUGUUUUCGAGAACAGAAGUGUUGCUGUACUCGCAAGGGAGAAGUUUGGAGCAGCAUGCAAUUGA